AGAGGUGACGUCAGGCGACCAAGAUGGCGGAAGGCUUCAUAUGUUUAUCCUGUAACAGGGAAGAUGGAGGCUGGUGGAGGAGCUGGUUACAGCAAAGCAUUCAAACUGUCAAAGAUAAGUCUACAGAGGCCUUGGAGUUCAUGAAACGGGAUUUGACUGAGUUCACCCAGGUGGUCCAGCAUGACACAGCCUGCACCAUUGCGGCCACUGCCAGCGUGGUCAAAGAGAAGCUGGCUACGGAGGGUUCUUCGGGUGCAACGGAGAAAGUGAGAAAAGGGCUGACCAACUUCCUGGGUGUCAUCUCGGACACCUUUGCACCUUCGCCAGACAAGACUAUCGACUGUGAUGUUAUAACGUUGAUGGCAACCCCUUCCGGGACCACCGAGUUGUACGACAGUGCCAAGGCCCGGCUAUACAGCCUUCAGUCUGACCCAGCCACCUAUUGCAAUGAACCAGAUGGACCGUCUGAGCUCUUUGAGGCCUGGCUAUCACACUUCAACUUAGAAGAGAAGAAAAAAGAGAUUUCAGAACUGCUGGGGAGCAGCCCUUCCAUCCGCUCGCUCUACACCAAAAUGGUGCCUGUGGCUGUGUCCCACUCAGAGUUCUGGCAACGCUACUUCUAUAAAGUCCAUCAGUUGGAGCAGGAGGAAGUUCGAAGAGAAGCUUUGAAGCAGCGGGCAGAGCAGAGCGUUCACUUCGAGGAACCAGGCUGGGAGGAAGAGGAGGAGGAAUUUCUUGGGUCGCCACACCUCCAAUCUCACGUCAACUUGCAGCCUCCCCAAGAGAUGAAGCCAUCCUCCCCCACCUCUGCAGAAUUUGUCACUUCAACCCUGGAGGCAUCCGUGGAAAGCUGGGCUAUGCUUAGCACCCCAGUGGAGGUGACCCCAUCUGAAAGUAGUGAGAGCAUCUCCCCGGUGACUCAGGUGGCAAACCCCCUGGCCAUGUCUACCACCCCUUUACAGACUGAAGCUCAGCUUUCUGGGGCAGGAGAUCUCUCUCAGAGGCUGCAGGAAGCUACUGCAGAGGAACAGACCUAUUCGCCAAAGCUGGAGGAGCCCGUGCAGCCUCCUACAGCCUUGCAGGAGGUGAAGUGUUCACCAGAGAAGCCCAAGGAGCAAGUGGAGAGCAAGCGGGCAAACAGGAUAGAGACUGUGCGAGAGGACGGACCCACGGAUCUGCGAGUCUUUGAACUCAACUCCGACAGUGGGAAAUCCACACCCUCCAACAAUGGGAAGAAAGGCUCCAGCACAGAUGUCAGCGAGGACUGGGAAAAAGACUUUGACCUGGACAUGACCGAAGAAGAGGUACAGCUGGCACUCUCCAAGGUGGACGGCUCUGAGGAGCUGGAAGAUGAAGAAUGGGAGAACUGGGAGUAGGCGUUGCUCCCUGUGCCGUGCAUCCUGGGCUCACCCCCUUCCCCGCCCCUCCUCUGCACCAUCCAAUGUGAAUUAAAUCGCAAAGCAACUGGUCUCUCUUCCUGUGUAAAUGUGUUCCAGGCUGGAUGCAUCUCAUCUCUGCUAAAAACCCUGUUGGAGAUCUUGGACCACAGCACACUUGGAUUCUGAUGGUGGCUGGUAUCACAUGAGGGGGAUGCUGGAGAGCAGUGUUCUGGGGUGUGUGUGUGUAGAAAGUGGCACUAGGUACAUCGUUCCAGUGGACCUUCUGGACUGCUAGUACUUUUUGGAACUGCCCCAGUGUGGAUUUUUAGUUUUUCUUUCUUUUAUGCUUCUGGUUUGAGGUGGGUGUCAAGUGAUGAUGGUUUAGGGCGGAUGGAACGAUGAUGGGGUGGGAGUGUUCCUGAGUUUGACUGAACCUAGGAGAAAGGAUUAUUCUUGCCCAUUGGUUCUCUAGGCUACCAGUUUGCUGGUGGUGUUCCCUUUUGUGUGACUUUACUGAAACGCAGCAAAGGCUGGGAGGGGGCGGCAAAUCCCUCUUUCCACUGUGACCCCCAAGCCAAUCAUACGGGGAGAGAACCUGUAGUAUGGCCACAGGCCCCCUUUUGCUUCCCAUAUCACAACACAGAAGCUCAUUUUUUUCCAGGAACUGGAACAGCUCCCUACCUCAGUUUCCUUGCCGUGUUUCUGGCCCCUUCUUUUUCCUCACCCCCAGGACUUGUGAAGCACUUUCUAAACCUUGAAAAUUUUGCAAGGGGAGGGAUUGGAAUCCUUCCUUGGGCAUUGUGACCCAAUGAGAAUCGUCUCCUCCAUAAGCCACCAUGAAGUGACUGGUCAUUUAUAGGAGAUGUUCCCCUUGGUCAUGUACCUUCCAUCUUCAGAGAGUCCUCUUGUCUGGUUGCCUUGCUGGGUUUGCUUGAGCGGAACGGUCUGCUCUGAAGGGUUGGUGUUUGCCAAAACCUCUUGCUUCUCUUCCUUGUGCUGAGGCCAUUUGAUAGCAUCCACUGGUCCCAUCUACAGGCCAUUCAUCUGUGAGGGACCCUCUGGAAGCCUUCUCUUGCUGGUGUCAGGCAUCACCUAUCCCUCUAAUGGUCCCAAGAAUUGUCAGGCUGGCCACUCCCAUCUGGUUGAACUGCCUGCAUGGCGCUGUUCCUUCUUUCCCUGCAUUCCUUCUCUAGACAUUUUUCUUUGGAGGGAGGAAAUGACACAAGGAAGUAGAGUGCAUCCCUUCUCCUGCCUCAUCCCUCACCUUGCUUCAGCUAGCUAAGUCAAAAGCAUUGGCAACCAUCUCAGCCUCAGAACUCAUAGUACUGUUGAUAGACACUUCUUUAAUAUGGGUCCAAAAUGGGGGUACGAUGCACCAAGAAGUUCUGUGCCAGCAUGACUGAAUGGGAGCGGCGCAAGAGAACACAUCACCCAGUUCCGUGUAGCAACGACAGAAAAUGCACAUUUAAUUUCCCUUUCCCUCCCCUGUGUUAUGGCUUGUUUUUUAUCAGAGGGUUCAUACUACAGGCUGUGAACAAGCCUCCAUGUAUUCAGAAGCCUCUGGGUGACUGGCAUUGCUCUCAAGUGUAACAGCCACUGCAGUGCUAAUGCUCAUUUACUCACCUACUCACCCUCCCUCCAGCAAUGUCUGACUCCUCCUUCCUCUUUGCUGUUGUAAGAAUAAAGCUACUGUAGCUUUUCUUAUUCUUUUUUUUUAAAGAAUUUUUAUUGGAUGGGUUUACAAACAUAAACAAAAAAUGCUUUUCUUAUUCUUCUCUUGCUUCAAAAAUUGGCCAGGCACUGCUGGAGUAAACAAGUGGCUGGCAGCACCAGAAAAAGGGUGGUGAAGAGGUUCUCGAUAAGUGGCUGCAGCAGUUGUCAGAACAGAGAGCUGCUCCAGGCACUGAGAAUCUUAUGUGGAGGCUCAUGCACAAGCGCUUGUAUGAACUAACCCAUAGAAAUGGAUCCGUGUUUGGAAAAAUCUUGAAUAUAGGGGUCAGACUUAAAAGCUGAGUGCCCUGUUUUUGAAUCAGACUUGAACACAGCAGGUUAAGAAGGGAAUCUGCAUAAGCUAGGCACUCACCCAGGGCUGUUUCAUUGCAGUUUGGAGGUGUGUGAUUGAGUGUGAGGGGUAUGUUUUAUGGUCAUCCACCCCCUCCCCAACUUUUGCAGAGCCGAUACAGUGCUUGAAAAAGGAUAGAUGACUGCAGCUUGUAGUGUUUCCAAGGAAGCUGUUCUUUGGACAUGUCUUUAGGGCCCAUUAAGCCUUCACAACUUGUUGGGAUGGGAGGUAUAGAUUACAAAUCCUGCUGUGCUCUUUUUUUUUUCAGACCGAGCCCAUGAAAGUCCCUGAACCGAUGUUGGUUGCAGGGCUUGCAGAAUGUCUCAUUGGUCUCAGUACAGAGACCAGACAGUAUCAAGCCUUCUGUCUAGGGCUGUGUCAUGCAUCGUCUGCCGAGCAUAGCUACAAGUCUGAGCAGAAGUGCUUGGGCCCUGGCUCAGCCUGCUUUUAAGAGAUGAUAGCACAGGACUUGGUAGCCUAGAGUCAAAUUAAAUUCCGGGAAGGCUAUGUAUAGAAAAGGACCUGAUGCCCACUUGGAACUAGGAAGAAGUGCUGGGGCUCAGAUUUCUUCACAAUUCUCCUUGGGGUUCCCCCCCCUCUCUCUCUCUUGGUUGUGCAAUAUUCUCUUAUUUUUAAAUUAUACUACAUCUCCCUGGGCUGUUUUCUAGCUGGGGCGAACAAGCGACUCUAACAGCUGUUAGUUUUGUAAUAAUGACUUUCUCCUGAACCUUUUACAGACUGGCCGUUAACAGCAAUUAAAGGAGUU